AUGUUGUUUCUCUCGGCUGCUAAGAGAUCUGUGACGCUCCCUCCCACAGGACUGUACCUCACGCCGCUUUACCCUUGGUUGGUGUGGUUCCUCUGGAAAGCCCGCAACCUGUUGAUCUUUGAGAAGAAGGAUGUGACAGCAGCUGACUCGCUCCAUAGAGCCAUUGCGGAAGCAAAGGCCUGGCAAGGGGCACAAGAAGCCUUCCCUCCUAGAGCUGUGCUUUUACCCCUGCCACAACCGACCUACCUUGGUCCCCCAGGUUCUAUCUCUUGCUUCACGGAUGCGGCGUGCCAUGCCGAUGACGACUUGGGCGGCUUGAGCUGGAUCUUUAAAGAUGAUACCGGCCGCAUAAUCUUUCAAAGCUCCACACCUCAGGAUUUUAUCCCCUCAGCUCUAGCAGCUGAAGCUUUUGCCGUCAAGCUUGCUCUCUCUUAUGCGAGAGCUGCUGACUUCCUUCGAUUGACCUGCUUUUCAGAUUGUCAGGAGCUCGUUCUCCUCCUCAACUCUGAUGGUCUUUCUAACCAAAUCCAAGGUUUAUUAGAUGAUAUCAAGUCUCUUAGUUUAUCUUUUGUCUCUGUUGCUUUUAAGUUUAUUCCUCGAGCCCUUAACUCUGAGGCGGAUUUACUGGCUAAGUCCAGCUUGUUAUCAUGGAUCCCUCCUAGUGAGGUUUGA